CUUUAUCGGAGUGCCAGAUCUGACUCUGAAACCUGCGACUGAAGGACAUUCAUAUAUCAGAUCAUGACCGAGCUUGCCGAACCGCACGGAACACGACAAGAGCAAGGGAGAUAACGUCUUCACCGAGCGAUCGACGGCCUUACUUUUCGACCCAGCGACUACUACUCACACCGACCAACCAAAAGAAAAUGGCGUCGGGCCCGCAUACCUUCGUGACCAUGGUGGUCUUUUCCCCGGAAAAAUUCCAGGGCAAUCCCUUGGCUGUCGUUUCCGUGCAUGGGCAUGCGCUCUCCCAGAAACGCAAGGCUCAAAUCGCAAAGGAGUUCAAGUUCUCCGAGACAGCCUUUUUGCAUGACGCUCCGGGGCCCGGUCAUCCCCGGCUGCUGGAAAUCUUCACGGAGACUGGAGAGGAGUUGCCUUUCGCGGGCCAUCCUGUCAUCGGAGCAGCGUAUUAUAUAUUCAGCUAUCUCGAGAGAAUGCACUACGGCGGCCCGGCUGACCGAGACACCCAAAAGCAGACCGCCGUGCUUCUGACAAAGGCUGGCAGAAUACCUAUCUUUUUCAACCCCUACCGUCAAGUAGCCGCUUGCGCAGUUCCCUUCAGCUAUCACAUCCACGCCCAUCGUGUUCCGAUCGAGAAGAUCAUCUCCACGCAGCCCCAUAUCCAAAUUGUCCCGACAAUCGACAAGGAAAAGGACAAGACGUUUCCUCUCGUCUCGAUUGUCAAGGGCAUGACUUUCGUCCUCGUCGACCUCACUGACAAUGCUGAGAUCUUCGGUGCCCUGCAGGGGGGAAAGUCCCCAGAAGCCGAGCUGGAUGCUGAGUGGUCACCGAGCUUUGUGGGAUGUAUGUAUUACAAAGUCCUAGCAAAGAAUGAACAGCCUGGCGAACCAGCUAUUCACAAUGUCCAAGCGAGGAUGAUUUCUCAUGGCAUUGAGGAUCCGGGAACGGGGAGUGCGUGUUGCGCUCUGGCUUGUUAUUUGGCGUUGAACGAUGCUGGCUCUCCGUCGGAGCCUAAGAAACCUGCCGAGGAAGCAACGGACAAGGGAACAGCGGAUUCCGAACUCGCAAAGAAGACGGAGGAGCUCAAGGUAGGAGAGGCAAAGAAUGAGAGGAAAGUAUUUGGCAUUCAACAGGGAGCAGAGAUGGGGAGGUUGUGCACCAUCGCGGUCGAGGUGGACGUCAAGACCGAUGCGCACGGGAAGAGAAGCAUCGCGAAUGUGAUUUUGUCGGGGAGGGCUAACUUGCAUCUGAAAGGGGAAAUUCUGGGUUUCUAAUCUUUGCUGAGCACAAGCCAAAGCGAGGCCCACCAGCGGAUGACAUUAGAGAGGGAGUUUUACGCCCUUGCAGAGUUGGAAUCUAGACUUCUCCUGUCCAGGCAGAAUUCGGAUAGCUUCGACGCCGAGGGGUGAGCAAGCAUUCCUCGCACGGGUGCGCCAGAUCCGUUUACGGAGUAAAAUGGAUCCGCCCACGUUGCGACGUUGAUUGACAAGCUUUGGCCGGUUCAAGUUAUUGU